AUGGACACGCGCCGAGCAGGUCUGCUGCUGUUGAUCCUGUUUGGGAUCGCUGGCUUGGCAUGGAACGCGCGGGUGAGCCGCGCCGUCGAGACGGCUCCUGCUCCAGUACAGGGGUCGCUCACAGAGCUGCAAGAGUCAAAGACAACUCCAGCUCAGCUUCGGCAAGGACAAUCUGCCGGCUACAACGCCUUGAGCGACGAGAUGAAGCAGAUCGUGGGUGAGCUCACAGAUGUCGUGGUCCUCCGAACAUGGGCGACACCUUCCUGGUUGCAUGCCGUGUCCGCGACGGCCAAAGACCACGCCUCCAAAGAGCUGCGAACACAGAAGCUGCGAGAAUGUCCUUUGACGCUGCUGGCGCAGUGGGUGUUCGACGAGGGUUGCGUGGGUGACUUCACGUUCGCCAUCGACAUCGGCAUGAACAUGGGAUGGUUCACAGCCCUGGCCGCGGCCAGCGGCCUCCGUGUUUUGGCCGUGGAGCCACGGCAGUCGCCCCUGAGGUACAUGGAGAAGACCGUCGCGCUGAACGGCUGGCAGGGGCGUGUGGAGCUCCGGCACGGCGGAUUAGCAGAGGCGACUGGCCAGCUCUACGUGGAUGAGUCUCGCUGGUGGGAGACGAGGUCCGCCUCUCGAGAAGGCGGUGAGGGCCGCAGUGCUGCGCAGGCACUGCGCCUAGAUGACGCCGUGCCACCCGAUUCGAAGGUGUGCUUGUUGAAGGCUGACUGCCGCGGGUGUGAAGCAGAGGCCUUUCGAUCCGGCAAGGAGCUUCUGGCCGCUGGUGCAGUCCAGGUGGUGCAGAUGGAGUACAACCACUCCCCUGUGGCUCAAGCGGCCCUCGAGACGCUGCAACAGCUGUCGCCCCGACCGUGGCAGUGCAUUCUCCUCCCCGCCGGUCUCCGAUGUGCUGGCGCGGACCUCUUGGAUGCUGAGGGCGAAGCACUUCGCGAGAUCUGGGAUUUCAUCGUGGCCGGAGUUUACGUGGACUGCCGGGCCGAAAAGUUGGUCCAGACAGCACCCGAGCAGGUUGUGCGGGGCUACCAUACAGAUCUUUGGCUGGUGCACGACGACACGAUGGACAGGCUCCGGGCGGAGCCCCGGUUCGUGGCCGCGUCACAGCGAGUGGCUGAGGCCGCCAGCCAGCAGUGCGAGUACAGCGCGAGCGAAACGGCAGAGCAGGGCGUUUGCGACCUUCUUUGCCACGAGUUCACCACACUGGAGGAGGCCCAGAGGGCCUGCGACGUCCGCCCGAGCUGCACAAAGGUCUUGCCGCGGGGCGAUGGUUUCGAGCUCCGGGGCGGCUCGGCCCCGGGAUCGGCGCAGGUCUUCGCCUACCUCAAGCUGGCAUGCAAGAUGACAUGA